GAGCUGGCUGACGCGCGCGCGCUCUGGCCGGGCCAGUCGCGUGGUCUCCUUGCUUCUCCAUAUUGCUGCGGCGGCGGCAUUGGCAUUAGAGGAGAAAACCGAACCGGGGGAGCGGGAAGGGAGGGGAGGGGGGCGGCGAGCCGGGGGUUGGGUUUCAAAGGGAAGGAGGGGUGUGUGUGUGAGAGCAGGAAGAAGGCGGCUUUGGGUCUCCCGUUGCGCCCUUUAACCGAGAGAGAGAGGGGUGGGGGCUUGGAAGGAAAGAAAAGCUCUCGGGCGAGGCGGGCUUGCAAAGGAGGGAGGAAGCAAGAAGGGAGGAAGUGAGGAAGGGGGAGCGGGCCGGGUCCGGGGCGCAGAUGGCGACCCAGGUGGAGCCCCUCCCGCCGCCCAGCCCUCUGCUUCCUUCGGAGGAGCACGGCGUCCUCAAGAGGCCUCCGGGAGAGAAGGGCGAGCAGCGCCUCGUGCCCCGCGGAGAGAAAGAGGCCGACGGCGAGGAGGAGGGCGGCGGCAACGCCAAGGAAGGCGGCGGGCCCGACAGCUGCUGCCCCAAGGAAGGCGAGCCCCUUCCGCGCCGGAACGGGGCCCUCCUGAAGCCGCCCAGCAUCAAGCAGCAGAAGGAGGACAGCAACAACCAGGAGAAGGAGAACCUCCUGCAGCAGCGGAGCAGCAGCGACGCCACCUCCACCAGCAGCAGCAGCAGCAGCUCCAGCGGCGAGGAGGGCGGCGGCGGGCGCAAGGAGUUCAUCGAGGCCCCGCCGCCCAAGGUGAACCCCUGGACCAAGAACGCCCCCGCCGCGCUGGUCGCCCUCAACGGGCAGUCGCCUCCAGAGCAUUCAGCUCCAGCUAAGGUGGUGAAAGCAGCAAAUCCAAAGCAACGGAAGGGAAGCAAGGUUGGAGACUUUGGAGAUGCCACAAAUUGGCCAACACCAGGAGAAAUAGCUCACAAGAGUGUACAGCAGCUGCCACACAAAUCCCAGUCUCUCCGAAAACUUCCUAUUAAGAAAAACAUGAAGGAGCAGGAGAAGGGGGAAGGAAGUGAUGGGAAAGAAAACAUGAAAACACGGUCUGAUGAAUCGGGGGAAGAAAAAAAUGGAGAAGAUGACAACCAGAAAUCGGCUCAAAAGAAAAAGGGUAACAGACAUAAAUGGGUCCCUCUGCAGAUAGACAUGAAGUCUGAAGUGCCAAGAGAUAAAACUGCUUCACGCAACAACAGACAAAAUGAACAGCACCGGCAUCCUUCCAACAAUAGAAGUGAAUCAAAAGGUUGGCAUCUGGAUAACAAGCAUGAACGGGGGAGUUGGCCUGAUCACGAUGAAACUUCCAGCGUCAAGAGUGAGGGGGCAGCUGUGCGUGGUGCCUUCAGGGGCAGAGGCCGUGGCCGGGGACGAGGGAGAGGGAGAGGAAGAGGAGGUACUCGCUCUCACUUUGAUUAUCAUUAUAGUUACCGGAAAUUUGAUGGCUCAGAUGGUUCCCGUAGUCAGAAGUACACCAGUAAUAUCACGUAUUACUUUGACAAUAUCAGCAGCACUGAGUUGUACAGUGUUGACCAGGAGUUGCUCAAGGACUAUAUCAAACGACAGAUAGAAUACUACUUCAGUGUUGACAAUUUGGAACGAGACUUUUUUCUGAGGCGGAAAAUGGAUUCAGAAGGCUUUCUUCCCAUCACUCUUAUUGCCAGUUUCCAUCGAGUACAGGCCCUUACUACAGAUGUCGGCCUUAUAAUUAAGGCGCUCAAAGAUAGCAAAGUUGUAGAAAUUGUGGACCAGAAAAUAAGGAGAAAGGACGAACCAGAGAAAUGGCCUUUGCCUGGCCCUCCUAUGACAGACUAUGCACAAACAGAUUUCUCCCAGCUAAUCAACUGCCCAGAAUUUGUACCCAGGCAAAGCUUCCAGAAGGAAACAGAAUCUGCUCCUGGUUCUCCUCGCACUGUUAGUCCUGUGCCAACCAAGAAUGAAGAAGUUAGUAAUCUCAAGACAAUGCCCAAAGGGCUUUCUGCUAGCCUACCAGACUUGGACUCAGAAACUUGGAUUGAGGUGAAGAAGAGACCAAGGCCUUCUCCUGUCAGACCCAAGAAACUAGAAGAAUCUAAAACACCACUGAAACAGAAGGACCAGGAUGAACCUGAGGAGCUGGAUUUUCUGUUUGAUGAGGAGAUGGAACAGAUGGAUGGCCGUAAAAACACUUUCACUGAUUGGUCAGAUGAAGAUUCAGACUAUGAGAUUGAUGACAGAGAUGUGAACAAAAUUUUGAUUGUAACUCAAACCCCUCCUUACCUACGGCGGCACCCAGGAGGAGACAGAACGGGCAACCACACAUCUAGGGCAAAAAUGAGCUCAGAGUUGGCCAAGGUGAUCAAUGAUGGACUGUACUACUAUGAGCAGGACCUAUGGACUGAGCAGUUUGAGCCAGAGUAUUCUCAGAUAAAGCAAGAAGUAGAGAACUUCAAGAAGGUUAAUAUGAUCAGCAGAGAACAGUUUGACACACUGACUCCUGAGCCGCCAGUUGAUCCCAAUCAGGAAGUGCCACCUGGACCACCCAGGUUUCAGCAAGUUCCUACAGAUGCUCUGGCCAACAAACUCUUUGGUGUCCCUGAGCCUUCAACUAUUGCACGAUCGUUGCCAACAACUGUGCCAGAAUCCCCAAACUACCGAAAUGCCAGGACCCCCCGAACUCCUCGCACACCUCAGCUGAAAGACCCCACACAGACGCCUCGGUUUUAUCCAGUGGUUAAGGAAGGCAGGUUGAUAGAUGCCAAGACACCCCGAAAGAGGAAGACACGGCACAGUUCAAAUCCUCCCAUGGAAUGUCAUGUUGGUUGGGUGAUGGAUUCUCGGGAGCACAGGCCUCGAACUGCAUCCAUCAGUUCCAGCCCCUCAGAAGGCACCCCAGCUGUUGGCAGCUAUGGCUGCACUCCACAAUCAUUGCCUAAAUUCCAGCACCCUUCACAUGAACUUCUUAAGGAGAACGGCUUCACACAACAUGUCUACCACAAGUAUCGCCGGCGCUGCCUUAAUGAGCGGAAGCGACUGGGCAUUGGUCAGUCCCAGGAGAUGAAUACGCUCUUCAGGUUUUGGUCAUUUUUCCUUCGUGAUCAUUUUAACAAGAAAAUGUAUGAGGAGUUCAAACAGCUGGCUUUGGAAGAUGCAAAAGAAGGGUACAGGUACGGCCUGGAGUGCCUUUUCAGAUAUUAUAGCUAUGGACUGGAGAAGAAAUUCCGACCUGACAUAUUUAAGGAUUUCCAAGAAGAAACUAUAAAGGAUUAUGAAGCUGGGCAGCUUUAUGGGCUUGAAAAGUUUUGGGCCUUCUUGAAAUAUUCCAAAGCCAAAAAUUUGGACAUUGAUUGCAAACUGCAAGAAUACCUCGGCAAAUUCCGACGCCUGGAAGACUUCAGAGUAGAUAAUCUUGCCUGGUAUCGCCGUGAAGCUGAUCGGAAGCCCCCCAUUGGGGAAGAAAGUAGCCACAAGAGAUGUCCUGCAGCACCAGGAGUGGAGGGAAGGAAGCGGCACCCAUCUCAGUCUUCCAGCAAGCCAGUCAACCAGACCCCAUCCAACCAAGCCUCUCUCUCAUCCAGCCAAGUCGCCACCUCACCUGUGCAGGAGGAUGCCAAAAGCCUGAGCCAGCCACAUGCAGUUUCCACAACAGCUGUGGAAACUCAAACAGUGGGGAAGUAGACACACCAGAACUUGUAGUGGAAAGGGGGCAGGGGCGCAUAAGGGAGUUGGAAUGUGGGUGACCUAGACCAGGCUGCUUUGUGGGAGGUGGGGGACCACAGCACACAGAAUUACUCUUGUUGGCUGGAAAAACAAGAGAAUCCAAAUUGAAGGCAUCCUUUUCAUCGCUGUGAUGUUACAUCGAUUGGAGCUAGAGCCUCACAUUUUCAUGUCUUAGCGCCUUCCCGGGGUAGGAUUGGGAAGAGGGAGAUUUUUAUAAAUAUAUAUAUAUAUAUAUAUAUUAUAUUAUAUAUAUAUCAAGUUUUAAAUUAUUGAUAGAAGUUUGUUUGGAUAAACCAAAAUGAUUCUGCAUCAUGCAGCCAUGCAAUCCAGCUCCUCAUCCCACUGAACACUGAUCAACUAUGCAGCCCUCUUGGUAAGCUGGAGGGUGGGCUGAACAAAGUGGUUCCUUCUGGAAAUGGGCCAUCAGCUUUCCAGGCUCAAUAGGCACCUUCCAUUUUGGAUGUUACAAUGCACAAGGAGUCCCUCGACUGCCAUCGCAAGUAUCACUUCUGUAAUGGCUUCCUUCUGUGCUGCAGUGCUCACCCUUUCCAUCACAGACUUGGCUAUUGAAAGUCAACCAAAGGACCCUGGCUGAACAUUGGCCCACCUUUUCAUCGGGGUUGCCUAGUUCUUUUGCGUGAAGGGUAGAACAUAAACUUGCACAGUGUCUCCCCUCACAUAGGAAUGCUGAGACUUUCGCUAAAAAGAGCUUUCUCUUUCAAAACAAAACAAAAAAAAUCACAAAAACUUGUUUUAAAAAAAUCUUAUUUCUUCGCUUCCUUCCUUGAAAAUAAUAAGUUGCCUUAUUGUGGAGUUGGGAACUUGGAGACAUCCCUGACUUCUUGAGCAAAUUUGGAGAAUGGCAUCUGCUUGGGACUUGGGCAGGCUGUGAUGAGUCUCUUUUUCCCUGUUCAGUGUGAUUCCUGUCUGCAGUAGAUGGUGAUCUUACCUUUAACCCAGCUGUUUUCAAUACCAGCUGAUGCAUCGUUGACAUCUGUGCAUAUAUUGGUUCAAACUAUUGGAUGGUGGUAUCUCGAGCAGGGGGAUUGGGGCACUUCAGUCUUAAGACUUCUGCUUUUGUGUAGUUGAUGCUGAUGUAGAAAUGCAUCGACUAUACUAAGGUCCGUUCUGCUACAACAACUGCACUCCGGUCUCAUGCAGACUGCCAGGGGCACUGCCGUUUCCCUCCCUCCAACCUGGGCAAGCCAGGCGCUAGCCUGGUGAUCUCACGAGUUCCUCCCUUCCCCAGGCAGGCAGGCAGGCAGAUGUGCCAGAAAUUGGGUAAUGCACAGAGACGAUCCACAGUUCUGCAUCUUUGUUCUUAACAUAAGUGGUUGAAGAAUGUGUGUACAGAAAAAUCAGCUUUAAAGUAAAAAAUUGGGAAAAGGUGGGAAUUUUGUGUGUGGUAGUUUAAAAUCAGAGGCAGCUUGCUAAGUAUUACCUUUGCUAUGCAGGCUUUCCUUUCUGUAGCGUUUAAUUACUGGUAUGCUGGCCUGCCUUACUUCUCCGGGCUGACCAUGUGGCCAAGGAAGGCACGGCUGUUUUAGACUUUUUCCCUAGCCACAGGCACCUUGACUGUCCAGCAUCACGAAAUCAGCUUACUGAAUUGGACCUGUGUCUCCUCACCCUAUGUCAUAUAAAUUUUUGUACAAAGCAUCAUGCUUGACUUGGCUGCUUUUGGGUUAACUACUGGAACUUAGCCUGAGAUUAUCCACAGUGUGCACCCAUAUGGCUCUUAAUAUCCUAAAAGCAACUGGUACUGGCACUAUUAAGAGUGAAAGUCAGAAGACAGAAGCAUAUGUGUGCAGUCGACUUGUUUCUGAAAACCACCUUUGUUGUUUCCUACCUUUUGUUAUCUCCCUAGUGUACCUUUCCCUGUUCAUGGCAGAUUAUUCUGUAGAGAUUGCUUGGGCAUGAUGCUACCACAUGCUUGUCAUCUGACUUGAUAAAAGAGAUACAUGGUGAUGAAAAGGGCACAGAGCCAUUUAUGUAUUCCUAGAUAUCAUUUACUUGCUACAAAGAGUCUUCCUGUUGUUACCACCACCAGUCUGAGGCCUAGUCAUGCAUGGGGAAGACACUUCUGUGAAGGUGGUAGCUGAUUCACUUCCUGCAGUUCCUGAGCACUAAGAUAAACAUUAGAUGAUUAUCUAUUGGGGAGGUGUGGAAGAUGCUGCUAGAAAGGUUGAGCAGGCCUACCAUGUGCUGUUUGGGAUUGAAGGCCAUUGUUUUUUUCAGGAGCAGGGUGGUGGGUAGUACUAUACAUUUGGAAUGCAUGUGUGAGAUGUGUUGCAGAUAUCUUCAACGUGAUGCAAAAUGUGGCCCCAAGGCCUGUGAAGGUGACUAUAAUAUUUGAGGGAUUCAAGGGAUGUCAUGAUAGGACAGUUCACUGAUUUAGCACGCUAUAUGUGGUUUUGGUACUAUCAAUGUAGAUAUUGUAAGGGCACAGGGCUUACUGUCUAGGGCCUCUUUCAUCUAGCUAACAUUAUUACCUUUUAGCUGUGUCCAGCAUGCUAUUAAUGGGAGUUUGUUAUGGAGCACUCUUGGAUGACCAUGCAAUUAAAGCACUUGCGGUGGGUCUACGUAUACCUGAAUAGCAACAAACUGCUGAGUUUGUUUUAAUUUAAUUUUCGAUGCACCAGUUGUGCUCCUGUGUUGUGUCAAACCCUUGACCUGUCAUUGUUGCACCAUUAAAAGGCAUGUCUAAUGGAAAUGAACAUUCCACUACUUUCACCAGUGUGGCAUAGCAUAUUGUGAGGUUGCCACGCACAUUGUAACAGCAGAACCACAAUACCAUACAAUUGACAGCUGGAGCUUCCUACUGCUGGUUUAUGGUUUCUGUAGUCCAGUUUUCUAUUUGUAGGCAGAGAUCAGGUGGACUGGGACAGUUGAUCUAUUGUUUUAACACUUCAGAUAGAACGUAAGGCAAAGUAUGUGUGGAGGAAACUUUGCUCAUAAGAUGAAAGGCAGGAAAUGUUCGGUCUUUUAAAACAGAUUAACCCUGUGCGGUUUUGUUUAAACCUUUUCUCUUAAAAUGGAUGAUGCCCUAGAACUUCACCUAAUUCAUUAUUAAUAAUCCUGAAUUGUUGGACUGAUGGUAUGUUUCAAUUGAAGUAUUUGAAGACAUAUGCUGCUUGAAGGGAAGGAUAUGGAAUGUUACUGUGAUGGCAAAGAGCAUUCAAGCAAAAGUGAUUGGCACACAAUAUAGUCCCAGCAAAAAAUGGUACAUUUAUCAUUCUGUUUUCCCAGAUAGCUUAUGAAAUUGGACCACAAGGUCAUUCUAUUUUGUUUGAGAUGGGCUGAAGAUAAUAAUUACUAAAGGCAGCACCUGUUAGAGACUUGGGGAUCAGAGAAUUUCCUGUGCUGUGCUGUGGUGGUAUCAGUAGCAUGGGUUUGUAGGCAUGUUAUUUAUUAGCAUGGUUACCCUGUACCUUGGCUGCCUGAUGCUAGAUGGUCAUGGCAUUGAUCCUGUAGAGAUGGUAUUUGUUAUCUUACUUUCUGUAAAGGGAGCAGUCUUAUAACUGUUGCUCUCUGCAUGGCUAUUGGUGCAAUCACCCACCCCUUUCUAUGUAUAUACACAUGCAUCAGGUGGAAGAGGAGAUCAUUUGUGGCUUCACACAUUUUUGAGUAGAGAUGGAGAAAGCUUAGAGAGCCUGCAUCAUAGUGGAAACGCGGUUUGGUUUUUAUAAUGGACCAAGUUCCUAUGCUCUGGAAACUCGUAGUAGUUGGGACCUCCACUGCUAUGAUUUUCAGUUGCAUUGAGCUUAAGAGGCCACUUGCUGCUCCCUCAAAACUUCUGUUAAAAUCAGAGAUUCUGUGGUUUUCAUUGGGAACUCUGUGUUUCACUCUAUCAUUAGUAAACUUUUGUUUUAAAGAAGUGUCAUCCUGGGUUGUGGAUCCCCUUUCUCUUUAUGACCGGAUGAUAAUGAGGAAUUUGGAAUCUUGCUUAGGAUUGAAUGAAAGUAAGUGACCUUUAUUAUUCAUUGCUGGUGCUGUGUCUAUCCUGCCCCCUUUUACCCUUCUUGCCCUUCUCCUACCUUUACAGUUGGUUAGUACCUUCAAAGCUCAGAACCUGUCCAUCUUGCUUCCAAUUGCUUGGUUGACUAUACAAUUAACACGACACAGAAACCUCAAUACUUUUGGUGUGUGUUGGUAAUUUUUUUAAAUGGAAGGAUGGGAGUCAUUGUUAAUGCCUUGCUAAUUUUUCUUUUGGUUAAGCAAAAACAAUCAAAUAUUUGUAACAAAGCGAACUCCACCACACUAUUAUUUCUCUGUUUGGAUCUUCUUCUUAAAUGUGGAUUUGUCAAUAAUUUUUUAAAAAUCAGCUAGGUUUUUAGAAGGGGUUGGGUAGCUAAAUGCCUGUUAUUUUUAAAAUCAGUUUCAUAUAUGAGUGGUUUUAUUGGGGGUGGGAGGGAAAUUUCAUCUCAGCAACAGAGGUUUGGACAACAUUGUUUUUUUAAAGUUAUAAAGAUAACAUUUCUGUUAGUUUACAUGUUCACUUUCUGAAGACACUUGAAAAUAGGACCGAUGUAUCUGUGAUGAGGACACCGUAUGAUUGGAAGCAUGAAAAGGGCAUGGGUUUAACCAUUCCUUUGUGAUUUUAAACUUCGUUCUUCCAGGUCUGGCCUUCAGUUGACUUUUUAUUUCCUUGAUGGUAUUGGUUCUUGCAUCUAUUCAUCCUCCUUCCCAGAAUUGGUUGUUGCAUCUAUUCAUCCUUCCUGCUAUAAUAUGUAUCAUGGUACAACAGGGUGGCCUGGACAUAGGCAUCCUUUGGCUAGAGAAAUCAAUGCCGUCAGCAAAAGAUGUUGCCUAUUAAAGCCUUUCUGGUUUUAGUUGCAUUGUGAUAACAUGGUACAGGAAUGGCUGGUUCCUGCUCCUCCUCUCAUGGUUGACUUUCACCCUGCAGUAGUGCACUACCUUGUUGGUUGGGAUUCCCAGCCUUUAAAAACUGUGACCCAGAAGUCAACAUGGAGCUUUAAAAUGGCGAGGGUUGGAGUUUCAUUGGUGUGAAGUCUGUAUUAAGCUGCUAAAAACGUUGGAUGAGCAACAUGCAAGAGAUCCAGUGAUUGUUUUAUAUAGAUGUUUGAUAAUUUGGUCAUGUAGAAAAGAACAUCUAUUUGUUUUGGUAUGCUUGCUCUCCUUGAGCAAGUUUAUAUAUAUAUAUGUAUGUUUGUGCGUGUGUGCUCCAGCCUCACCCCUUUUGCUAAAACAAAAUCCCAGAAGUGUUUGUAAUCACUUUCAGCUGUAUUUAUUCUUGGGUAAUUUUAAACCAACUGUUACCAUGUAUCACCUGGGAGGAAAAGAUCUUGUUAAUAUGACCCACCAUACACAAUCCCAUCUCUUGUUAAUAGUAUGUAAUUCUUAACCCAUGUGCUAGGAUCAUUACCACAUUGGGGAAGGGGGGAAGAAAGAAGAAAAAUGUAAAAUACUUGAAUGAGAGCCUGUAUUAUAAAACAGUAAUAUUAUUCAGAAUAUCUGCUUUCUAGGCUGAUGUGACUCAUUAUUCUAGUAGUGCUUUAGUCCUUUGUAAUUUGUGGUAAUUAUGCUUUUUCCUUUUUAAUACAAAAAUGUAUAAAAAUAAAAACCUCAAAAGAC